UUUCAGGAAUGCCAAAAAAAACGUUCGAAAAUUUAGAAGAUAGUCAUGGAAAAGAUGUUAAUAUCCCAGUUGAACUGCCAAAAAGGAAACGAGAAGUUACACCGGAAAAUUUACCUUCCACAAGCUCUACUGCUCCAACACAAAAACGGAAAAGUCUAGGAUAUUCAGGACGAACGGAGGAACCGAAAAAUAUACACAAAACCUUCAUUUCCCCUUUUUCUACGUCAGUUUCUCCUUCAAAACAAGGUCUUCGACGACGAAAGAAGGCACUGCCUGCCAUAGAACCACCUGUAUCUGUAGAAGAAGCAAGUCCAUUACGUUUUGUGAAUAUCGAUGUAUUCUCUAGACGUAUGGCUUCCGAAUCAUCAGAUCACGAUGCUAUGAUUGCGAAGUUGUUGUCGAGAAAGUUUUCAAUUCCGAUGGAGGGAUAUAUGUUAUCUGGUCGAAGCCUAGGUCUUGGUGGAAACCGUCGAAAAUGUGCUCUAUUUGAUCCAUAUCAUGAAGGUGCAUUGAUUCUUUAUGCUCCUGAACAUCUUAGUGAACACGCACAACUCAAGGAAGAUAAGGAUCGAAAGGUGCACGUGGUAGCCGAUCCGGUUGUUGGAAAAAUCCUGCGUCCGCAUCAAAGAGAUGGUGUUAAAUUCAUGUGGGAUUGUGUGACUGGUAUUAAUAUUCCCGAAUUUCAUGGAUGUAUUAUGGCUGAUGAAAUGGGUCUUGGAAAGACACUUCAAUGCAUUUCUCUACUUUGGACACUUCUACGACAAAGUCCCGAUGCGUGUCCAACAGUUUCGAAGAGUAUUAUCGUUUGUCCAAGUAGUUUGGUGAAAAAUUGGGAUAAAGAAAUCAAAAAGUGGUUGGGAACACGGCUGAAUGCGAUGCCAGUGGACAGUGGAAAACGAGAACAGAUUAUUGCUUGUCUCAAUUCAUUUAUGGCGGAUUCAAAAAUGCGUUGUGCCAUCCCUGUUCUCAUUAUUUCAUAUGAAACAUUCCGUCUUUAUGCGAAUAUUCUUCAUUCUGGAGAUGUCGGAAUCGUUAUUUGUGACGAGGGACAUCGACUCAAAAACAGCGAGAAUCUGACGUAUCAGGCGUUGAGUGGUCUCAAAUGUGCUCGAAGAGUCCUGAUUUCGGGUACACCUAUUCAAAAUGACUUGUUAGAGUAUUUUAGUUUGGUCAAUUUCGUGAAUCCCGGACUUUUGGGUACUGCAAGUGAGUUCAGGAAGAAGUUCGAGAAUGCUAUUCUAAAAGGUCGCGACGCCGACGCAAGUUCAGAAGAUCAGAAGAAAGGUGAAGAGAAAACGAAGGAAAUGAUUUCACUUGUAGAGAAAUGCAUUAUUCGAAGAACAUCAGCUCUUUUAACAAAAUAUCUUCCGGUUAAAUAUGAGCACAUCAUCUGCUGUAAAAACUCAACACUUCAAGAGACACUCUACAAUAAACUUAUCGAAUGUGAAAAACAAAACCGCAUUGUCGAAAAGGACAAGGGUGCCACCGCAUCUGCUCUUUCGUUUAUCACUCAUCUCAAAAAGCUUUGCAAUCAUCCAUAUUUGGUUUAUGAUGAGUUUCAAAAACCUGAUAAUAGGUUCAGAAACAAAUGUCUAUCCAUAUUCCCUGAAUCAUUUAACCCGAAAUCAUUUGAUCCAUCGUUUUCUGGAAAAAUGAAAGUUCUCGAUUAUAUUCUCGCAGUCACUCGCAAAACAACUGAUGACAAGUUUGUUCUCGUAUCAAACUACACACAGACAAUUGAUCAAUUUAUGGAGCUGUGCAAACUUCGUGGCUAUGAUUUCGUGCGCCUUGAUGGUUCAAUGUCAAUCAAACAACGUUCCAAGAUUGUCGAUACAUUCAAUGAUCCAGCCAGCACUAUCUUCUGUUUCCUUCUUUCUUCGAAAGCUGGUGGAUGUGGUCUAAAUCUUAUUGGAGCCAAUCGAUUAGUUAUGUUUGAUCCGGAUUGGAAUCCAGCGAAUGACGAUCAAGCAAUGGCGAGAGUUUGGAGAGAUGGACAGAAGAAAAUGUGUUUCAUCUAUAGACUUUUAGCAACUGGAUCAAUUGAAGAGAAAAUGUUUCAACGUCAGACACAUAAAAAAGCAUUGUCAUCGUGUGUGGUUGAUGCGGGUGAAGACGUAGCUCGUCAUUUUAGUUCCGAGCAACUUCGAGAACUCUUCAAGUUGGAAUCAACAGUGGCAUCGGAUACACAUGAAAAAUUAAAAUGUAAAAGAUGUAUUCAAGGAGUUGAAAGUGUUGAUCCACCAACCAAUGCGGACUGUGCAAGUGAUUUAUCGAAUUGGUUUCAUUCUCAGAAAUCAGCUAGAAAAGUGGCUGAUAAUGUGCUCCGAGCCGUCUUCGAAUGUGGAUCGAUCUCCUUUGUUUUUCAUCAGAAAUCGCACAACGUUGAAGUCAAGAAAGUUCAGGAAAAAGUUGAAGAAGUUGAUGAGGACUACGUGCCUUCUGAAGCCGAAGAAAACGACGAUUAGUUAAAUGUUUCCAAGUUGAAACAAAUCUAGAAGUCUCCCUAUUUCAUAACAUAGACUAUCUAUGCGAUGAAAACGGGACAUGUUAUAUUGUUUUGUUAUUUAUUUAAUUUGUUUCUUUCAAUUUUUGUUCCAAGUCAUCCCAAUAUCAUUUUUAUCGCCCGAUCUCAUGUAAAAUACACCGCCUGCAAUAUGAAUUUUCAAUUUAUU